CCGGCAGUACAUACUACAGUCCGGCAGUUGUUGACGUUUCGUGAGUGAACAGGGCACAGCCCUCGAGCUCUGCCAAGUCUAUUGUCCUGCAUUAUUUUGUCUCCUCGCCUGAUUACUGUGACACACGUGCGUGUUACAGCGAAUUUAGAGUUCCUGUUGAUCCUUUGUGCCCAGUAGCAGUCCAGGCUUCAUUGUGACAACAUAUUUAUGUUCUUUUAUUUUAAUAAGUUUUCACACUAAAGUUUAAUUGGAACAGUAAUGGAUUUUCGGCUGGUAAUUUUCGUGUGUCUCUUCCUUGCCGUAGUAUCGGCAUUUCCAGACGAAAGGACCCCGCGGGAGAAGCGUGACGUUAUGGAGACCAUCAAAAGCGCUUGGGGAGAGGUGGUGAAAACCCUGAGUGAUGCUGGAGACGCCGUGGUGCACGUGUUCAAACCUACAGAGAAAAGUGUUCUCGACAAGAUGGCUGACGGGGUCCAAGGCCUUACGCUAUAAUACCUUAUCUUAAUAGCAGACAGGUUUUGCUGCACAUGUCUUAUCUCACUCUUUUUAUAUAUAAGUGAAAAGGACAGCUUCUUAGUGACACAUAUUUGGUUAGUGCGCUGCAGUUAGGGUUGCCAUAUAGAAUGGCCAAAUUAUCUAAUCAAAAUGUUAAAAAGUUUUGGUUUUGGGAUUAUUUCCGUGGCAAAUAAAUAUAACGGACAAACAUAACCUACAAUAACAUUCUGAUUAUUAAAAAAAGGGUGUUCGUUCAAUAUAAAGUACAUAAUUAUUAAACGACGUCUUCUAAAAUUUUAAAAAUGUUGUGUAUUUUCUUUAUUUUCGUCGCGACAUUUUGUGUUUUGUCUCAAUUCGUCUCUGAAAUGACUGGACAACCAUCCAACCAUCUGACAACCCUAUUUUAGCUGCAGUUAGUAAAGCUAGACACGUCAACCUUGAUUAACUUCUAUGCUAUUUAGAUUCAAUGGAUUUUAAAAUAUGGGAGUCAUAGAGUUUACGCGAAGUCGCGGGCAUCAGCAAUUUUAUAAUAGUUAUAAAUUGUUUUUAUUCCAAUUUGGAUUAAUACGCUCAAAUCCAUUAUUAUAUGUAUAAUUUUCAAGAUUUGAAAGUUAAAUAGUCAAAUUAUCAGAUUUUUACCAAAAGAAAGUGUACAUACUCGUACACUUUAAAUGCAAAAAAAUCGUCUUUGAACAUUUGUAAAUAACUACACCAUUUUUAUAAGCAUUUUUACUUGUGUACAAAAAUAAUAUCUUGUUACAUCUUGGAAUUUACAGGGGUUAUGUUAUAUCUAGGUUAAUAAAGUAUUAUGAUAUAAUACA